AUGCCGCCUCCAACAUCCCUCGUCCCAGCAGCCCCUCCAACUGCUGAGGAUGAUCAGUUCGCCGCCAGUAUCUGGAGGAAACGAUUCGAGAAAAGACCUCUUUCACCACACCCGGUAAUUGGAAUACUCGACGUGGAGUACAACGAACUGGCCCAAUCCUGGAAGAGAUUUCAAGAAAAUCUUCCCCUCGCCGAUCAUGUCGAAUUUCAGGAACGGUCGCAAACUUCUCAGGAUGUCCAGGCGGUGGUACGCGACGUGCAGGCCCGGUGGUUAUCUCACCCGAGGCAGCAAGUAUUUAGCCGUUCAAUGACGCUCUGCGACACCUUCGUGGAAACUAUAGAUCCCCACGCAAGAUUGUUGGUGACCCUUCCCAAGAAUGAGUCCUACCGAUCCCUGUUCUAUGGUGUCCUGCAGUCGAUCAUCAAGGCGUCGGCAAACUAUCCUAGAAUCAUGGAAGGCGUCAUCCGAGCACUAGUGAAAGUCAAUCAAUCGAUUUGCCUACCACCGGGAAGUGACGGACUAGCUUUCCCCACGGAUUCAAUCACCGCCAUUGCGAAAUUUUAUUCUUUGACUUUCUUCUUCCUGGGAGAGUUAAUGGACUGGUAUGUAAGAAGAUCCAAGUGUCGUCUUCUCCAGUGCUUGCACCAAGAUGUAUACCUCAACUUCCGGUACCUCAUAUGGAGCAUCCGAAGCAGCGCCAUACACAUCAUUGGUGGACUUGUCGAUGGCAUGGACAUGGACGACCCGAAGUAUGAAAAGAAGCGGAAGAUCAUGCAGAGCAGCGACCUCUACCUUUGGGAGGAGACGAGAUUGAGCCAAGUCGGUCUGCAAAAAUGGGACCGCCGGAUCAUCGCCCAGACCGCCAUGACCCGUCAGUUGAUAUGGGAAAUUCAGCACGAUGCGGCAGAGCGGCUCCAGCUAAGGGCCGAAAGCCACUUACUUCUCUUGCAGAUGCUCGACUUAACUGGCCAGCGACUCCGCUCCGUCACCCAACAAAACAGUGGUAUCGCCUGCUUAACGACGACGGUCGCACAGGACAUAGGUAUGCAGGGUGGUGACCUCGGGACAGACCUGCCGUCGGAACUGACAUUGAUAACGUCACAAGAAACGUCCAGAUUCAAAUGGUCGUCAGGACCUAAACAUAAAUAUACUCGGGUAGAGUUGCAGCUCGCCUCGAAACACCUCCAGGACUUUUUCCGGAACGACGACCAAGUGACCGACCUUGAUUCCGAUGUCGAUGUGAUCGCCGAGGACAGUGUGGUGGAAUCCUUGCAGCAAUGGGCAACCAAUGUUCAUUCCCAAGUCCUAGCCAUCGGUGGCUCCCCAUCCACUGCCUUUCCCAGCCCGGUCGCCCUCGUCUCGGCCUGCUACGCCACAUUCGCUCGGAAGGCAAAAUUGCCUGUCGUCUCCCAUUUUUGCUCCCUCCCCACCGAAGAACGAAGUGGGAUGACCUUGUUUGAACAAGGUCUUAUAUCGCUUGCGUAUAGCCUCAUUCGACAAUUGAUCGAUUACCUGCCUCCGGUAUUGGAAGGCCACGCCGCUUGCAAUCUAAAUACGGAACGCUUCAGCCCGUUAAAUGGCACGAUGACUAGCUGGAAAGAGGUGCUAUCGCUAAUCGACAUGCUUUUGUACCUGGCCCCGCCUGUUCUCGUCUGCAUCAUUGACGGCCUCGAUGUCCUCGAAGAUUCCUCGACAGAUGGACAGAUCCGGUCCCUCGUUCGGACGCUGUUAACCCACACGAGACAUCAGACGGCCCCGACGGCGGACGGGAGCCAAAAUCAGGAUGUGCUGCUGAAAGCGCUCUUCACCGUCGCUGGACGACCGAACACACUAGUGGAGACCCUUUCGGAGAACCGUCUGAUUCUCAGUGAGUCCAAUCAAGUCAGCCAGUUGGCCUCGGCGGAUGGGGCGCUGAAUCCUGAUGUCGGGAUUGUCAUGAUGAAUGCAUGA